UUCUAAGUGCCUCCAGUCUUCAAGUAUCACAAGCAUCUCAAGUGGUUCUGUUCGUUGCGUUUCGUGUAAAUUUGUGCGACUUUUAACUAAUGAACUGAACAUUUUUAAAGCUGAAAUUCAGAAUUUUAAUACCAGUCACCCAGCAUUGAUGGCGAAUCCAAACUAAUGACGCCAUGGAUUCCGUAAGACACUACCAGCACCAGUCCGAUAAAUCCGAGUUUCGAUUCUGUGUGCUGUGUCUAGCUAAACCUGGGGCCGGAGAAUCGCUCGUCGAAAUCCACAGCGGAGAAGGUCACCAACGCAGCUUGGAGACCCUGAUCCGGCGUUACUUCACCGAGGAAGUUCCCCGGGUUGACGCGGGAUUCGUGUGUUCCGUUUGCUGCCGACAUCUGGACAGCUUUCAUCAGUUUUAUCUGCGGAUUAAGGACAUCCAGUGGAACCGCAAGAUGAGGACGUCGGUGGACGAGCGGAAUUGCAGUAGCUUGGAGCACGGACUCCGGAUGGAGAUGACAAUCAAGGAGGAGAAGCCGGAUGAGGGAUUUGAUAACUUUGGAAGCUCUGCGGAAGUCGAGGGAUUGAACAACUUUUUAGAGGAGCAGUUUGCUCAACAGACGGAUCAAAACGGGAAUGGACCGAUGCAGAAUCGCUUGCUGGACACGAUUGUGAACGAGUUUCAAGCCAGUUCGAUUCACACUGGCGGUGACACUGGUGAAUGCAGCAACCAUCAGUAUCCGAAGCGGGUUCGAAGAGAAGUUCCUGCCACAUGGCAAGAAAAUAAUCCAAGGCAACAAGAGUUGGAGUUCCUGGAAGAGGAACUGUACGAGUACGAUAAGCCACCUGAUGAACAGAUCCAGACCCAACAUUCGGUAACUCUUUCUCCGAUGGAAGAGCUGGAACGGCUACGAAGGGAGAAUGAGUGGCUCAAACGCCGAAACCAUCAUCUCGUAGCUCGGUUGCGGGAUGUUCACGCUCGGAACGAUAACCUUGUUCAGAUAAACCGAGAACUAACGCACAAGCUGCGUUCUGCCAAUCCCAAUGCAUUGAGUAAACCCAUUCCAACGAUACAAGAGAACAUCUGUCCUGCGGAAGUUCCCAUCAAGCAUGUCCAGAUUAAUCCGACCCAAGCAUCGCCAUCACCAUCGUUAAUCCUACCACAGAACGAAGAACCUCCAAAAUUGAUUUCACUUUGCUCCGCUUACUCGCUGGACAACGGUGACGUCGUCGUCUGCGACUCGAUCAUUCCGGCCCGCACGAUGGAGGAAAUUGACACGACCGAGCGGGGCGAAAAGUACGACCUGAAGUUUGUGAGCCGGCUGGCGGUGGCGCUGUGGGGCCACGAGCGGCUUGCCGUGAGCAGCGUUACCGGACGGAAAUCAAACAACAACCCGAGCAGCAACCCGAUGCCCACGAUCCAGCUGGAGCCGGAAAAGUUGAGCUUCAUCAAGGAAAAGGUAUACAACCGAGCGAUCCUGGAAACGAACGACCGCCUGCAGGCCAUGGCCCGGUUCGAGGACGCACGCAUCAACCGGCUGCUGAACAUCAAAAUUCAAAACACCAAGCGCAAGAAAACUCCGCACUCACCCAGCAACAUCGCGUGACCCCCGCCCCAGGACGACGGCUGCAAUUUUAUAGUUUUGUGAUCCGACAUUUGACACCCAUAAUCCUACUUGGUAUUAGUUUAGACGCACUUCACACUGUAUAAUGAAUAAUAAAAGCUUUACUUUCUAAUAAAUACGCAAGACGAAACGGGGUUUGUUUAUGCUCAUUUACUUUUUAUUUGUUUAUAUAGUUUUUGUUUUCUUUUACAAUCGCAUUAUAAAUUAAAAGAACAAAAAUACCCAACUACAAAUUACACUACUCGUCUUCUUCCUCUUCUCUUCCUUGCUCGGCGUCUUAAAUUCACUCAGGUAAAAAAAAACUGAACAUCUGCAAAACUUUCUACUCUAAAAGUGUCUCUAUUGGUUGUUACAAUAGUUUUGUUUUAAUUUUUAACCUUCUUCACUCUGUCACAAAUCCUUUUCCUUGGAAUAAGUUUUAAAAUUAAAUUUGGCUGUUUUUCUCUCCACUCGAGCGCGCGCGCUCUCCGAGGGGGCGGUGCAUUUUUUUGUUGAUAGAGUGUGCUGUGUUAGAAAUUGAUUUGAUUACGAAUACGAAGCGAUUGUUAUGACCCUUUGCUUGCGCGAACAUUGGAAAUACUUAGUUCUGGCUCUGGAUUUCCCACUUGCAGGAUUGAUUGUGCCUCGUGGAUUCAGCAAUAUCUACAA